GAUGCAUAGGGCAAAGCUUUGGGAUCCCCCUUUUUCUUCGGGGGAUGCCAUUGACUAUCUCUUCAUGAUUGCUGACAAGCCUUGCGGGCCGACGGUCCCGGGGGCCUUUGUCAAGUCGCUGGCUUGGUUCGAGCGCGUCUCAGGAUUUUCAAGCGAGAGUCGGAUUUCUUCGAAGUCAGUUCUCCUUUCUGCUCGGGAUGUUCUAGUAAAGGAGCUGAAGAAACCCGGGGUGCCCGUGCAUCGUGCCCCGCGCCUCCCAGGUGCGGUCAUCGCCGCCCUGGAGAGACUCGUGUCGAACAGGCAGGAGGCAAUGGGCAUCCGCGCAGGGGCGUUCUACCGGCUGUUGAAGUGCUGGGGUACUUUGAGGUAUGACGACGUUCAGCAUCUGUCACCGCAAGCGGUCAGGUUUUUCUCAGGCAGAUUCACGGCCGUCCUUUACGAGACAAAGACUAGCGGCCCGGAGCGUCGUCAGGUCGAGCUCCCUAUUGCAAUCACUGAGGAUUCAUGGAUCUGCAACAGGGAUUGGUUGAGGGAUGGAUGGCAGCUUUUCCAGGCGCAUGCUGAUUUUAAUCGCGACUAUUUCUUACCGGCUUUGAGUGAUGACUUCAGCUGCUUUCGGAGACGCAUGGCUAGCUAUCCAGAGGCCGCUACGCUAACGGCUGCAGUGAACCGGCGACUUACAGACGUCGGAGGCCGAAGGCUGAUUCCGCCGGAGUUGGUCGAGAUGUGGACCGAGCACAGCGAGCGGGCGACACUGCCCACCAUUCUGGAUGGGUUCGGCCUGGACCCCAGGGACAGGGAUGCCCUGGGAAGAUGGAGGCCGGAAGGGAGUGACAUUUACAGUAAGAGUUUUUCUGGCAAGGUUCGCAGAAUCCAUCGGUAUUUUACAUCGGAGAUUGAGAAACUGCGACUGGCGGGAGAUGUCGAUGAUUAUGAUGUGCUCGAGGCGGCUUUUGCUUGGCUUCGCUCUAGAUGGGGACUCGCCGCUGAGGAAGCUGACAGGAUCGUGGAAUCCUUCCGGACCACGUUAGCUGCCUGGGCCUCAGAGGAUCCGAUUCAACAGGCGUCGGAGGAUGAGGGCGAGACGGUGGAGGAGCACGUAGAGGCUCCUCCCGAAGAGCCGGUGGAGAGAGCAGCCGGCUAUGUUCUGGUAUCCUCGAGGCGUGGGGCCGUCAGGCUGCACCGAUCUGGAAAGGAAGGCUGCUGGAUGGCGCGACUGAGGCACUUUAAUGAGUGCAAGGUCGUAACGGAGAUGCCGGAGCCUGGUGAGUACUCUCACCGCUGCAGGCUCUGUUGGCCUGGUCCCGAAGGGACGGUAGACUCGAGCGACGACUCGAGUGGAGAGUCAUCGGACUCAGAGGGACAUCAAAGCGAUGCUCCUGAGGGCACCAUGGCUGAGUCACUCCAUGGUCGGGAGUUGGAAGCGCGUUCUUCCUCUGCGAAAGCAUGGCAAGCUCUCCGCGAUAUGGGCGUCGCUCAAUCCUGGAAGGCAAACUACGAGUCUGCUGAGCAGAACCUGGAUUUUGUCUGCGAGCAUUUCGAAACCGAGGUCGGCGAGGGACUGAUGAUCCGGAUGGAUGAAGCUGACUUCUGGGCGAAGUACGGGGAGGAGGCCGCGAUUUCCGCAAUCGCGGUUAUAGUAGAGGAAGGGCCUCCCGUAAAGAAGCGGGUGGUGCAUGAUGCCUCUCACGACGUCCUCCUCAACCACCGCAUCCGUUGUCUUGACAAAGUGAGAUCGCCAGGGGCAAGGGAGAAGCGCUACCUUUUGAGGCGCCUGAGGGAGGAGCGAUUGGCGCCGAUGGCCAUCGCUGGUGACAUCUCGAAAGCUCACCGGCGCUAUAAACAUCGAGCCGAUGAGUGGGGUUACCUGGGUUGCAAGGCCUCCACCCGGGACUCUGCCGUGUACUUGAACUGUGUCGGGACAUUCGGCCUGGCAUGUGCCGGGUAUUGGUGGGCGAGAAUUUCUGGUGGAGCGGUCCGACUGGUGCAUCAUUUGACGGGCAGGACGGCGGGGUGGUCGAAGACGAAAGGGGGCCUCAACGUGCAAUGGGUCGGCUACGAGACCGCCUAUGCCUCUUUCAAGCUGGGCAUCUCGGAGCGCAGAGCAUCCUGGCUUUCGGAAUGGACGGGGAGGAUCGCUGCUGGGGGAAAGGUUACCUGGGAUGACUUUGCAUGUGGUCUUGGGCGUCUUGGGUUCGGAGCGAACGCUCUCUCAUGGGAGCGCCCCUUCCUCGGGCCACUUUACGGGUGGUCAGCAGCUACUCGGGGCCGACGGGGCCUUCUGCAGAUCCCGGUCAUGCUGAGGACCAUCCUGCGCUGGCUUUCACAGCGGUUUCGGACGGGCGAUCGGCUGCCGGCGCCUCCAACUCUGCCGCUGGCCUCUGGCGAGGGUGGAUUGUCCUUCUUCUCGGACGCCAAGGCCGAGUCCGGGAGUGCAUGGGUGGGUGGAUAUCUCUGGGACGGCCACUCUGCGCUGCAAUGGUACGCUUUGGAGGUUCUGGAAUCUUGGGCCCCUUGGGCCUUCAUCAAGAAGGACUUUAAGCGCACCAUCGCGAGCCUGGAGUUGCUUGGAACACUGAUCUGUGUUAAGCUUUGGGGCGAGAGGAUGAGGCGGCAUGGAAGGGGCAGGGGACACCUCACGGGUGGCACGGACAAUCAGGGAAACUCUUACGCGGUUUCCAAGCUGAUGUCGACUCGCUUCCCUCUACCCCUCCUGCUUAUGGAGUUAUCCGAGACUCUGCGGCGAGGGGAUCAGGUCUUGGAUUUGAGUUGGGUGCCGCGUGAACGGAACCAAUGGGCGGAUGAUUUGACAAAUCAGAAGUUUGAUCAUUUUGAUCAGGGAAGGAGGCUGAGCAUCAAUGGAUCCCAGAUUGAUUGGAUCGUUCUGGGCGACCUCUUGAACUCUGCAUCUGCUUUUCACACAGAAAUGGUACAGGCCAAGGAGGAUAAGCGGAACGGGAAGUCGGAGCUGCUUGCCAGAGGCAAGAAGAGGGCACGCACCAAAUGGUGA